GAUGAGGGCGCCCGCGGCGGGGAGCCCGUCUGCGCGCCGCGGCGCCGUCUCGCCCAGCGAGCGAGCCCGAGCAGGCAGACGCACGGCCGGCGGUCGGGGGGCGCGCCGCCUCCCGGCCCCAAAAAUGUGAAGCGGGGAGGGCGGAGACGCAGAGACGGCCCGGCUGGGCGCCCUCGCCGCCCUCCGGCAGCCGCGCCGCUCCCCUUGCCCGCCCGCGGAGGCCGCGCCAACCCCGCCGGCUGCGGCCGGAGCAGCGAAGCCGCCGAGUCCCCGCGCCCGCCGCCUCGCUCGGACCCAGCUUUGGCCCGCAGCGGGUUCGCUGCCGGGACGCGGCGGGAGCAGGGCCCGGGACGGUGCGUCUGGCCUCGCCCGCGGCUCCUCGCCCAGACAAGUUUGAACAAUGAUCACAGUCAACCCCGAUGGGAAGAUAAUGGUCAGAAGAUGCCUGGUCACCCUGAGACCGUUUCGGCUCUUUGUCCUGGGCAUCGGCUUCUUCUCACUCUGCUUCCUGAUGACGUCUCUGGGAGGCCAGUUCUCUGCCCGGCGCCCGGGGGACUCCCCCUUCACCAUCCGCACAGAAGUGCUGGGAGGGCCGGAGUCCCGCGGCGUCCUGCGCAAGAUGAGUGAUCUGCUGGAGCUGAUGGUGAAGCGCAUGGACACUCUGGCCCGACUGGAGAAUGGCAGUGAGCUGCACCGGGCUGCUGGGGACCAGCACUUUGCUGUGGACAGGUUUCCCCCUGGGGCCGGCCUCAUGGAGCGGAUCCAGGCCAUUGCCCAGAACGUGUCCGACAUCGCCGUGAAGGUGGACCAGAUCCUGCGCCACAGUCUGCUCCUGCACACCAAGGUGUCUGAAGGCCGGCGGGACCAGUGUGAGGCACCUAGUGACCCCAAGUUCCCUGACUGCUCAGGGAAGGUGGAGUGGAUGCGUGCCCGCUGGACCUCGGACCCCUGCUAUGCCUUCUUCGGGGUGGACGGCACCGAGUGUUCCUUCCUCAUCUACCUCAGUGAGGUUGAGUGGUUCUGUCCCCCGUUGCCCUGGAGGAACCAGACGGCUGCCCAGAUGGCCCCCAAGCCCCUCCCCAAAGUCCAGGCAGUUUUCCGGAGCAACCUGUCCCACCUCCUGGAGCUGAUGGGCAGUGGGAAGGAGUCUCUAAUCUUCAUGAAGAAACGGACCAAGCGGCUCACGGCCCAGUGGGCGCUGGCUGCCCAGCGGCUGGCACGGAAGCUGGGAGGCGUCUGGAGGGACCAGAAGCAGAUCCUUGUUCACAUCGGCUUCCUGACGGAGGAGUCUGGUGAUGUGUUCAGCCCGAGGGUGCUAAAGGGCGGGCCUCUGGGUGAGAUGGUGCAGUGGGCAGACAUCUUGGCCACUCUCUACGUCCUGGGCCAUGGCCUGAGGAUCACAGUGUCCCUGAAGGAGCUGCAGAGUAACUUAGGGGUGCCGCCAGGCCGGGGGAACUGCCCGCUCACCAUGCCCCUGCCUUUCGACCUCAUCUACACUGACUACCACGGCCUGCAGCAGAUGAAGCAGCACAUGGGACUGUCCUUCAAGAAGUACCGGUGCCGAAUCCGGGUCAUUGACACCUUCGGGACAGAACCCGCAUACAACCAUGAGGAGUACGCCACUCUGCACGGCUACCGGACCAACUGGGGCUACUGGAACCUCAACCCCAAGCAGUUCAUGACCAUGUUCCCUCACACCCCGGACAACUCCUUCAUGGGUUUCGUGUCCGAGGAGCUCAACGAGACGGAGAAGCAGCUCAUCAAAGGCAGCAAGGCCAAUAACAUGGCCGUGGUGUACGGCAAGGAAGCGAGUAUCUGGAAGGGGAAGGAGAAGUUCCUGGGCGUCCUGAACAAGUACAUGGAGAUCCACGGCACUGUGUACUAUGAGAGCCGGCGGCCCCCUGAAGUCCCAGCCUUCGUGAAGAACCACGGCCUCUUGCCACAGCCCGAGUUCCAGCAGCUGCUACGCAAGGCCAAACUCUUCAUAGGCUUCGGCUUCCCUUACGAGGGCCCCGCGCCCCUGGAGGCCAUCGCCAACGGCUGCGUCUUCCUCCAGUCCCGCUUCAGCCCGCCCCACAGCUCGCUCAACCACGAGUUCUUCCGAGGCAAGCCCACCUCCAGAGAGGUGUUCUCCCAGCAUCCCUACGCGGAGAACUUCAUCGGCAAGCCCCACGUGUGGACCGUCGACUACAACAACUCGGAGGAGUUUGAAGCAACCAUCAAGGCCAUCAUGAGAACCCAGGUAGACCCCUACCUGCCCUACGAGUACACCUGUGAGGGGAUGCUGGAGCGAAUCCAUGCCUACAUCCAGCACCAAGACUUCUGUGCAGCCCCAGGCCCUGCUCCAGUAGGGGCCCGGGCCCCACCGAGUCCCUUCGUCCUGGCCCCCAAUGCCACCCACCUGGAGUGGGCCCAGAAUGCCAGCUUCGCCCCCGGGGCCUGGCCCCCAGCACACUCCCUCCGGGCCUGGCUGGCCACCGCUGGGAGGGCCUGCACGGACGUGUGCCUGGACCACGGGCUGAUUUGCGAGCCCUCCUUCUUCCCCUUCCUUAACAGCCAGGACGCCUUCCAGAAGCUGCAGGUGCCCUGUGACAGCACCGAGUCAGAGAUGAACCACCUGUACCCGGCCUUCGCCCAGCCCGGCCGCGAGUGCUUCCUGCAGAAGGAGCCUCUGCUCUUCAGCUGUGCGGGCUCCAGCACCAAGUACCACCGGCUCUGUCCCUGCCGAGACUUCCGGAAGGGCCAGGUGGCCUUAUGCCAGGACUGUCUGUGAGGGCUCCCACCCGUCUGGCCCUCCCUGCCGCCGGAGAAAGCACCAGCAGAUUCCGAGCUCCAGCGACCCGCCCUCCCCUCGACGCCCCCACGCUGGAGCUUCUUCCUUGGCCAGGAAGUGGGCAGAGCAGACUCGUGCACAGGGUUAGGGGCGGGCCACUCAUCCACGGGCGGGGUGCCCGCCCCAGGCAGGCUCCUCGACCUCGUCCUGGGGCUCGUGGCAGCGUCGUGGCCAAGCAGCUCUGGGAUUGGUCAGGGGCCCCAGUGGCAGGAGCAGGUGGUCAGAGGCCCCUUGCUUUGUGCAAGGCCAAUUCUGGACCAGACUGAGGGCCCUGGUCCUUCUUGGGCCCAGGAUGGGGCCUCAGAAUGUAUGCGGAGGGAGCAGGGGCAGUGUGCCCGAUGGCCCGCUGCAGGGUCCAGGGAGAGGGGAGUGAUGUGUGAGGGCUCAGUCUUGUCCCUCUGUGGUUGUUUGGGGUAUGGACAAAAGGAACAAGGGACUGGGGGACCCUGUUCAUGCCUCCUCUCAGCCCCACCCCUCCUGCCUUCGCCAUCUCCCCCUCCCCUCUAUACUUGGGGGGCGCAGCGGGAGUGGGGGGCCACCUAGCUCCUGGGUUGAACUGUUUCCCUCUCCUGCUUGCUCCGGCGCUCUCCACUUUGGGCUUCUCCCGAAACUCAUCUUGGCAUGACUGCGAUUCCAGGCCGUGGAUUUGUCCCCAGAGCCUCAGUCCCCAGCCCAGCAGGCUCUGGAACCCCACCCCCCAGCAUCUCGUGUAGGCAAAGGCUUGGGAUGGAGCUUCAGCCCCAUGGCACGCCUAGCCCAGCUCCUGGCAUCCCAGGCCUGCUAGCCCCCAGGUAGCCCCCACCCCCUCAAUGCUGCCCGUCCCCACCUCCAGCUUUCUCCAGCCUCAAACCACCUCUGGACCCAACUGUCCUCUCUGUAUGGUAUGCCUGCCCUGGCCCCAGGAUGCCCUUUCCCCUCCUCCUCAUGCCCAGAGCCCUGCCUGAUUAAACUGGUAGGGCCUUCAGAGACACUGCCACCCCACCCCAUUUUAUAAUCCCACCCCCCCACCAGGCAACUCCCCCCCACCCAGGCCUGCCCCUCCCCCCUGCCAGGGAGGCAGCCCAGGCCCUGAGAGCUGGCAGAGGGGAGCCAGCCCUCGUGGGGCUGAGCAGGGGCCCUCCCAUCCAAGACCCCUCUCCGGGCCUGGGUGGCCCCUGCGGCCGCAGAAACUCAGUGGUCACCAAGGACCUGACCUGUCGGGGGAAAGCAAUAGAGACACUCUUUUCUCUCUCUCUUUUUUUAAAGAUUUAUUUCUUGAAAUAAUAAAUAUUUUA